AUGAUGUUCUAUUUUCUGCUCUCCACAUUUUUUCUGGUUACUGUAGCUUCACUAAAAUCUACUGAUGUAGGUCAAACUUUUUUCAAACUUUUUGAAAAUUGUGAUGAAAAUUCAAGCAUCCGGGAAUUAUUGGCGACACGAAUUUGGAUUUGUUCAAAAAGUACAGAUGCCGUGUUUGCGCAGAUAUUAUGACGGACAACGUGAAAUUUGCGGACGGAGAAUUGGUAAAUGCGCGUGGGCGUGGUGGACGUUUCGCAACCAAACUUUCAGGUGCUCAACGAGAAAGUGGCCGUCGAAAUCUGCGAGACGUUCAUCGCGAAAAUACUGCAUAAUGCGUUGGGCGGCGUCAUUUGUCGUACGGUCGUUCAGUCGAAGCUCGACGAGAUUAUCAAAAAAAUUGUGUCGUCUGGGGUAGAUGCGAAGAUUGGCGAACAAAUAUGUAAGGGCAUCCACUUUUGCGAAUAA